AUGCAUCUUCUUCACUCGUUGUUCGCCACGGGCAUCGGGCUCCGCCUAGUCGCUCUCGUAGCAGGACAUACCGAUUUCUCGACGGAGCAGUUCACCGGGACGUUAGACGGCACGUCCGGAGUUCUGCGCUCCUUAAAACCGAAGGGUACGUCGGAGACAUUCGACUUCUCGCCGGCCGACGUCUUCGAUAAGCGCAAUGGGAACGGCAACUAUCACACCGGCGACUUGACGCUUCGGUACCGCGUCGGAGACUCCGGGGCCUGGACGGAUGUCGACACGGCGACGGAUCGAGGAGCGUUGAACAGCAAGAAAUCGACUUCAAACUCGUCUCCUAGCGCGGUGAUCGCGUCUUCGGAUCUUGGAGGUAUCGUCAAUGCGUCUCUGGCGGACGACCUGUCCAUCACGCGCUCUUGGGUCGAGUAUAAAGGUGACCUGGCGUUGAAUUUCACCGUCACGAACAAGAACUCCAAGUCGAUUGAGCUGGGCAGUUUGGGGUUCCCCAUCGAGUGGAAUACGAUUUUCUAUGAGCGCACGGGGGAAGAAACGAGACAAACGUGCGUUCUGGUGGAUCCGUACAUCGGUUUAGAUGCCGGUUAUGUGCAGGUUACGCGACUGCUGGGCGCAGGGCCGCAUUUGGUGAUUACGCCGCUGGGCGAGACCAAGUUCGAGGCGUGGCGCUUUCUGCCGGAAACUGGCGAAAGCAAGCUUGCGUAUCAGAGCCAGGUGUUUGAAGGAAACUACGAGUGGCAGGUCUAUUCGAAGGCAUGGGCGGAGAAGGAGUGGGAUGGGGUCACGCCGUGGAAUAAGCCGACUUCGUUGACCCUGAAGCCUGGACAGACCGUCUCAUACGGAUUGAGGUUUAGUGUCGUCGAGUCGGUGGAGAAGAUCGAGGACAAGGUCGCGUCGCUGGGGCUUCCGGUGGCUCAGGGCGUGCCGGGGUAUAUCUUGCCGAGGGAUUUGGAUGGGAAGUUAUUCAUCCGCACGAAUGAGACGGUUGAGAAUAUUGAUGUGUCACCGGGCGGUUUGACGGUGAAACAACUUGAUGAUGUGAACGACGAGUGGAAGGCCUUCAGUGUCACUCCCCAGGAGGACGCCUUCGGUCGAACCAGGAUCGAACUGAAAUACGGUAGUGGCCUCACCCACAGUCUACACUUUUAUGUCACGGACACGGGCCCCAAGUCGUUAUCGAAACUCGGAAACUAUCUGACUGAAACCCAAUGGUUCGACGGGACCGACCCAUUCGGUCGAUCCCCGUCGAUCAUCACCUACGAUCAUUCCGCCGACGCUCCAGUCCUUCAGGAUAACCGAGUCUGGAUCGCCGGCCUGAGCGACGAAGGCGGCGCCGGAGCGUUCGUCACCGCGGCCAUGAAGCAGAUCGCACAGCCCGUGGCCAAGGAGAUUGCGAAACUCGAGACCUUCGUGAACGAAACCGUCUGGGCCCGACUGCAGUUGACCAGCGGCGAGAACAAGUACGGCGUGCGAAAGAGUUUGUUCUACUACGAUACAGAAGCGAUGCCGGACUUCAAAUAUGAUUCGGACAUCUACUGGCAGGGAGCCUGGGAUAAAGAAGGCGCGAAUCUCCUGGAUAGAGCGUAUAACUACGUGCAUGUUACGUGUCUCUACUGGGCACUGUAUCGCGCCGGACGGUCGUCCAGUGUGUUGGAACGACAGAGUGCGCAGUGGUAUUUGGAACAGGCAUACGAGACAAUCCGCUUCGUCUACGGCACGCACAAGGAUGGAAGCAGAAACACCUGGUAUAAUGACCUUGGAUUAAUGGGCGAAACGGUCUGGAAGCUGGUCCUGGACGACCUGAAGCUGGAGAAUUACACCACCGAAGCCGAUACCCUCGAAGGAAUCUUCAAACCACGGGCCCAGGAAUGGACUACCCAGGAGGAUCCGUUCGGCAGCGAACAGGCCUGGGACUGCACCGGCCAAGAGGGUGUCUACCUGUGGACUAAAUACUUUGGAUUCACCGAAACGGCGCAGAAAACCAUCCAAUCGAUCCACGGGUUCAUGCCCACCGUUGCGCACUGGGGGUGGAACGGCAACGCCCGACGAUACUGGGACUUCGGAACAGCCGGUAAAAUCGAUCGUAUCGAACGACAAAUCCACCACUACGGAUCCAGUCUCAACGCCCUCCCCAUCCUCGAUAACUACCAUUCUUCAAGCAACCCAACCUCCGAUCUCAGUCUCUAUGACCUCCGUAUUGGCUACGGCGGCAACCAAGGCCCAAUGACCAAUAUCCAUCAGGACGGUUUUGGGUCUAUGUCGUUCCACUCGUUCCCCGAGACGUUGGACUGGGACCCGUACUCGGGCGAUUACGGAUCCGGAUUCGUUGGACAUGUUCUCGGCGCCGCGACGUAUGUGCUCAAGCAUCCGACUUUCGGUUGGUUGAGUUACGGCGGAAAUGUGGUUUCGACGGAGAACGGGCAGGUGGUGGUUGAGCCGAAGGAUUCGGUUAGACAGAGGAUUUAUGUGGUUGAUGCUGGUUUGUGGGUUGGUCUGGAUUCUGGGGCGAUUACUCAAGUCUCCGUGAAUCUUGGUAAGAAGACGGUUGUUCUGGAUAUCGAGAAGGGAGUGGAGGGGAUUGAGACGGUGGAUGUGGAGAGGGUGUUAGUCAAGUAUUCGGUCACCAAGGGCAUUAUUGAUUCGGAGGUCAAGUUAACGAAGGGCGCGAAGGAUGGAAAGUAUGGUCAGGAGGUGAAUUUCGCGGAGGGCAAGGCUAGCUUGACUUUUGCUUGGUGA